AUGCACGAUAACCGAAAGUCACGCCACCACGCGAAAGAAAGGCCCAAACUCUCGAGCUCCCACUCACCUGAGGGGAUCAAGACCAGCUCGCUUUUGUACAAAAAGUACGGGGGCACCCAGGGGAAGUUGCUUGGUACCGGUGCUGGCGGGUCCGUGACGUUGUUGCAGAACGGGCAGACGGGCAAUAUGUACGCCAUCAAGCAGUUUAAGACCAAGUCGACGACCGAGUCCAUGGACAACUAUCUUGGCAAGUUCAAGAAGGAGUACAAGAUCUCGCUGAGAUUGACGAACCACCAGAACAUCAUCAAGACGUUGGACUUGCUCACGGAAAGCUCGCCACCGAAGCACAACAACCCGAUCGGGUCCCCCACGCAGCAGAUCUACACCUCCACCGUCUACUUGGUCAUGGAGUACUGUCCGUACGACUUUUUCAACCUUGUGAUGUCGGGGUUAUUGACCAUUCCUGAAAUCAACUGCUACAUGAAGCAAUUGAUCAACGGGGUAAACUACAUGCACGAUCAGGGUAUCGCGCAUCGCGACUUGAAGCUCGACAACUGUGUGGUGGACAAAAACGGUAUCUUGAAGCUCAUUGACUUUGGCUCUGCCACUGUGUUCCGUGACCCCGCCUUCCCCGAGAUCGUGCUCCCGGCAGAGGGCAUUGUGGGCUCCGAUCCUUAUUUGGCCCCGGAGGUAUUCUACAGAGGCCACUCGCACUUGGAUAUCACGAUCUUUUCGUCCCACGGUAUCGCGACCAAUGGGUACGAUCCGCGAUUGGUGGAUAUUUGGUCCCUUGGGAUCAUCUAUUGUUGCAUGGUGCUCCGUCGGUUCCCGUGGAAGAUUCCGAAGGUGAGUGAUCCAUCAUACAAGUCCUUCCAGACGCUUCCAGAGUCGACAGGGGGACUUCCGCCGAUGAAAGGGGCCACAUUCGUGAUUGAAAGCACCCCGGUCUCACCUACGCUUCUCCGUCUUCUUCCGCGUGAAUCUCGUCACUUGAUCUCACGUAUGCUUGAAAUUGAUCCCAAGAAGCGGAUUUUGGUGGAUGAAAUUGUGGGCAAAGAUCUGUUUUAUCUUUCGAUUCAUGAAUGUCGUGACGUGUACACUCAGAAUCCAGAAGACCUGACCUUGGUGGAUCCCGAAGAUCACUGGAGAUUUGUCAAGGCUGAUGACCACGACCACCAUUUGAUUACCAACGAAGAGUUUGACAAGAUCCAGGAAGAAAAGCGAAAGGCCAAGGCUCUCAAGAUUUAA